UGCCGUCAGGCAACACUUUCGGUCCAAAAAACUCAAUAAAAUGCUCUCCAAUAAGUUUAUAGUUAAUGCAAGAUAAAUCGAAAAGGGUUAAGGAAGAGAUGCAUUCAAGGGGUGUCGUGUUUGUGUUUAGCAGCUAGUGUUGAAGGGAAUAGGGUGAAUUAUGGCCCGAGGGUUGUUUUUUGGGUUUUUCAUGGUUUGGGCUUUGUGGAUCAACUUUUCUGGGGCCCAAGUAACCACCCUAAUGGUAACCGACCGUCUGGACAACGUAACCCAAACCAUUUCCAGACUUUUAAAUGGCUACGACAUACGUCUGAGGCCAGAUUUUGGCGGAGAGCCCUUAUUCGUCGGAAUGGACUUGACCAUAGCCAGUUUCGAUGCCAUAUCCGAAGUAAAUAUGGAUUACACAAUAACGUUAUAUCUGAACCAAUAUUGGAAAGAUGAAAGGUUGGCGUUCAGCAGUGAGGAGGAAGUGUUAACCCUAUCGGGAGAUUUUGCCGAGAAAAUUUGGGUCCCCGACACGUUUUUCGCGAACGACAAAAACAGUUUUCUACACGACGUAACCGAGAGAAAUAAAUUGGUACGUCUUAAUGGUGACGGAUCCAUUACAUACGGAAUGCGAUUCACCACCACGUUGGCUUGCAUGAUGGAUCUCCAUUAUUAUCCGCUCGAUUCGCAAAAUUGCACCGUGGAAAUCGAAAGCUAUGGUUAUACCGUAAUGGAUGUAGUCAUGUAUUGGAAAGAUAGGCCGGUACGUGGAGUCGAAGAAGCGGAACUGCCCCAAUUUACCAUUAUCGGAUACGAGACAAAUGACCGGAAGGAAAAGCUCGCUACAGGAAUAUACCAAAGACUCUCCUUAUCCUUUAAGCUUCAAAGAAACAUCGGAUACUUCAUUUUCCAAACGUACCUUCCUAGCAUAUUGAUCGUUAUGUUAUCCUGGGUAUCUUUCUGGAUUAACCAUGAAGCUACCAGUGCCAGAGUGGCAUUAGGUAUAACAACUGUUUUAACCAUGACAACCAUCAGCACCGGAGUAAGAAGUUCACUUCCGCGUAUAAGUUACGUGAAAGCAAUCGACAUCUACUUGGUGAUGUGUUUCGUUUUUGUGUUUGCAGCCCUGUUGGAGUAUGCUGCGGUGAAUUACACUUAUUGGGGUGCCAGGGCGAAAAAAAAGAGUAAAAAGGUGAAGGAGCACGAGGAAACAAAAUUAGCCUCCAAAACGUCAACCAUAUGCGACCAAAACCAGAAAACUAAUUUGAAAAAUGAGGACAUAAUCGAGUUACAAGAUAUUCGAAUGAGCCCCUUACCAUCGAUAAGAAACCGGAAAGUUUCCAUGAAACUUAACAGCCAAGACAGCUCGAGUUUUCCCCCGAGUUUUAGGUAUAGCAGGUCAUCUGGAUACAUGUAUACGUGUAGAAACACUCCUGGAUUAAGAUUUAGAGGUGUCAAAGUCUUAAUUAGUAAAACGAUUUAUAGUGUUUCAAGGUUCUUUUUUUCAGGUAAUCCCGUUCAUAAGCCAAAGGUUCUGCAUGCUCUUAGAAAGGGAGCUCUGGUGCUGAAAGCGUCCAUGCCCAAAAUCAAAGAUGUCAACUUAAUAGAUAAAUAUUCGCGGAUCAUAUUUCCUGUUACUUUUUUAAUAUUUAAUUUGAUUUAUUGGCUUUUUUACAUAUUAGAGUAGAGUCAGUUCGAAUGUAAUUGUUUAAUUAUUGUUGUCUCGAAUUUUAAAUAAAUUAUAAACAUAGUUUUUAA